AUGCAGGGCGACAUCAUUACAGAUGUCGUGUGCCGUGCAGCAGGUGCAGGAGUCAGCGCCUGCGAAAUUGAGUUUGCGUGCACACGAAGAGCGGAAAGCAAGGAGGUGUGCAUAGCCAGAGUGGGAUGCAACAGCUGCAGGAAGUUGUUCUUCCGACGCAAGAUGGGUGAAGAUCAAACGGUCACCGAAGAGGAAGGUGCAUUGGGUCGAGAGCAAGCCACACGGCGUGACCCAAGGUUCGACCACUCCUCAGCUGAGCGUUCGUGUUGGAGAGCUGGCAUGUCCCCUACCAAUAGGACUGCCUGUACGAUCCCCAAUAAUUCCGCUCGCGAUUCUAGUGGGCUUCGAAAAUUUGUGCAUGAGGACUGCAUGCUGUCGACAGGGUUGUCACAUCGGGUUGCGGGACUGCGAGGUCAACAUCUUGUCAUCGUGGCCGAGAACGGGACAAUCUCUCGAGCAGCUGAAUGUCAUCAGCCCUUGGAAACGGAAGGUCAUCCGCAUGUUUGUGCGGAGCUGCCGCAUUUUCAAACGCAGCAAUCCCAAACUGUAGAGCUCGGCCGCGAAAUCGGCCAACAGGAAGUGCGUAUGAGGCGUCAUGCUGCGGGAAGUCCAAAUCCGGCUGGCCGGAAUGGGCAAGGAUCAGAAUCAAUGGACGGUCAGCCAUUCGCCCGCCACGGGUUCCUUGUUGGCGCCAUUGCUCGCCCAGAUCCAUCGGCGCCAGCAGCGUUCCUGAUCAAGCUCGACAUUAGCCGCACGAACCGAGCUAGGAAGUAUGGGUUGACGAAGCAGUUUCGCUGUCAAGUGCAUCUCCAGGGUGGGAGUACUCCGAGGCGAGUGCGUGCUUGUGUAGAUGUGACCUCCUGCACAACUUUAGCAUCAACUUUGCGCCCAGUCAUCACUGCAACGCGGACAUCCGCCGCCAGCACCAACCUGGGCAGCCUGAAUCUCGUGAUCUUAUUGUGCCUUGGUCAUCUUUUCCGGAUGCAGGACGGAUGGGGCAGUGUCCAGCAGGGACCACGCGUAGGAACUCGUGACACAACAAUGGUUUACGAGGAGGCUGGAUCUUACCCAUCCCUAUCCCCAUUGAACAUCACGGACAGUGAAAAGUUGCUCAUGUCGUGA